AUGCUUAAUGGAAUUAUUUUAUUUCUAGUUGUUUCGAACAUUGAAGAUGAUGAUGAAGAUAAUACAUUAGACGGAUCAACAGAAAAUCCAAAUCAUGAAUUACCAAACAAUGAUUUAUCAAACAAUACAAAAUCACGUGAAAUCAAUUAUUCUGGUUCGAAUGAUUCGGCUGAUUGUUCAUCAUCAAAUGUUUCAUUAACAACGUCUUCAUAUAGUCCACACGUCUCAUCAACACCAAAUAAUACUGAAAAACGUCUUGAAUUGAAUAAGUCGAUUUUAUUGCCUAACAAAAAUCAAUCCGAUCAAUCUUUAACUAACAAAAGGUCUAGUGAAAUGAUUGGUGAGAAUAAUUGUGAUCGUUUAUCAUCUUCUUCUAAACAUAUGGACCAAAAUACACUUGCAGCAUCACAACAGAUUCAUAAAACACCUGUAUCGACUAAUAGAAGUUCAAAAAAAAAUCUAGCAUCAAAUCAAAACUCUAAUAUCUUGCCUCAAACAACGUCAAAGACAAAAGUGCCAUAUGUAUCUCAAAGUACAAUUACAUUUGAAACGUCGACAACAACGAAUCAACACAUGGAUUAUAACUCGAAUCAGUGUAGCAACAAUGCUACUAUCGAUCGAUCACUCAUAUGUACUUCUACUAUAAAUAUUCCAUCGACUAUGAGUCGAUCAUCAACAAAUAACAAAUCUCAAUGGAAUCCGAUAGAUAUAAAAAACACUAUGGAAUAUCGAGAUUUAGAAAAGAAAAACAAAGAUUUGUCAAAUAAAAUUGAAAAUUUGAAAGAUGCUCUUUCAAAAGAACGGAAGGAGCGGAAAAAAAUGAAUCAAACACAUAUAUUGAGACCUCGUGCAUCAUUUUGGAGCGAAUUAUCGAUUUUUAUGGAGUCUCAUGGUGAUUCAUAUCAAGGUGAUGGUCGUACUAUUCAUCAAAUAGGACGCGCACUUGGUUUAACUGACCAUAUGAUUCAAUAUGUUCAACGUGAUACCGACAAGCCCGACAAAGUUGCUAUGAACAUAUGGAGAAAGUUAUGCCCAACAAUUGAUGAUAAAGUGUUUGUGCAAUCGAUAAAGAAAGUUCCAAUAUCUACACUUCAUAAUAUAUACGGUAAAUUCUUUUUAGUUUCUUAA